AGAGAGGUUCCAGCAGCUCACCUGUCUGCUGUGCACACACAGAGACUCCUCCCUGAGUGCUGCUGCUGCUGCUGUGAUGGAGUCUCUGUAGCUGGCAGCCUGCGGGCGGUAGGACCCGGUGGUCAUCUGGAGGAGGCAGUGAGGGAGACACAUAGACAGAGAGAGGGAGGCUGCUGCUGCUGCUGGAGAAAGGAAGAGGAGGCAGGAGGAGGAUCACCCUGUGCAGGGGAGGAAGAGGCUGCAGCAGACGUGCACACACCAGGGGACAGCCAGCGCUGCUGCUGAUCCUCCUCAAGGAGGAUGAUCCAGGACUGACAGUGGGAAGAGACUGUACAGAGCUGAUCCCGCACCAGCAGCAUCCCAGGGUGUCCGCACCCUCUAACAAUCCUGCACCAGCACCCCAGGGUGUCAACAAGGUGACAGUACCUUCCAGCAAUCUAGCACCAGCACCCCAGUGCAAGGUUCCAGCAUAGAAGCAGCCAAGGGUGUCUGCAAGGUGACAGCACCAUCCAGCGCAGCACCCCAGGGUGUCAGCAAGGUGACAGCACCCUCCAGCCCAGCAGUCGGAUCCUCCCAUCCCUCCAUGCAAUCAAUGGGCUGAAUCUGCAGCAGCAACACUACAACCAGCAGCCCUAUCCUUCCCCUCUUCCUCCUCCUCCCCCCACCCUCUCCCCCUCUCUGUCUGCUCUCCUCUCCUAACCCCUCCUUCCUUCUUUCCUCUCCCUUCCCUCUCAUGCUCCCCUCGGUGAUGGUGAGGCUUCAGCUGGCUGCAAUCCACCACUAGGCCCAAGCCCCGGUGGCUCUCCUCCUCCUCCUCCAGGCACAGCUCCUAUAUACCUCUUGCAUCCAUAUAUAACAUACUUCAUACAUACUGCUGCUAUCGUUUUCAAAUCGGCGUCUCGGUGAGAGCCGUCAACCGUUUCCCGUUGCCGUAAUUAUGAAUGAAGUAGCGAUUGUAAAAGAAGGUUGGCUUCACAAACGAGGUGAGUACAUAAAGACUUGGCGACCCCGAUACUUUCUCCUCAAGACUGACGGUACAUUUAUUGGUUACAAGGAACGUCCGCAAGAUGUUGACCAGUUAGAAACCCCAUUGAACAAUUUCUCCGUAGCCAAAUGUCAACUGAUGAAGACAGAACGACCAAAACCAAACACAUUUAUCAUCCGAUGCCUCCAGUGGACCACAGUUAUAGAAAGAACGUUUCACGUGGAUUCUCCAGAGGAGAGGGAAGAAUGGAUAAAAGCCAUCCAGGCAGUAGCCGACAGCCUUAAAAAACAGGAGGAAGAAAUGAUGGAUUUUCGGUCUGGUUCCCCGAGUGAUAAUUCCGGUGCAGAGGAAAUGGAAGUCUCUCUGUCAAAACCAAAACACAAAGUAACAAUGAAUGAAUUUGAAUAUUUAAAGCUAUUGGGGAAAGGUACCUUUGGAAAAGUCAUUUUAGUCAAAGAGAAAGCAACAGGAAGAUAUUACGCUAUGAAAAUUUUAAAAAAAGAAGUAAUUGUUGCAAAGGAUGAAGUAGCCCACACAUUGACUGAAAAUCGUGUCUUACAGAAUUCUAGGCAUCCUUUCCUAACAGCAUUAAAAUAUUCCUUUCAGACUCACGAUCGCUUAUGUUUUGUUAUGGAAUAUGCAAAUGGAGGAGAGUUAUUCUUCCAUCUAUCAAGAGAACGUAUAUUUUCGGAAGAUCGAGCACGGUUUUAUGGUGCAGAAAUUGUCUCUGCGUUAGAUUAUCUCCACUCAGAGAAAAAUGUAGUUUACAGAGAUUUAAAGUUGGAAAAUCUUAUGCUGGACAAAGACGGACAUAUAAAAAUAACAGAUUUUGGCCUCUGCAAAGAAGGGAUAAAAGACGGUGCAACUAUGAAGACGUUUUGUGGUACCCCAGAAUACCUCGCACCUGAAGUACUAGAAGAUAAUGACUAUGGCCGGGCAGUGGACUGGUGGGGUCUGGGUGUAGUCAUGUACGAAAUGAUGUGCGGCCGGCUCCCCUUCUACAACCAGGACCACGAGAAACUCUUUGAACUUAUUCUAAUGGAGGAAAUUAGAUUCCCUCGCACUUUAUUACCUGAAGCAAAAUCUCUGCUCUCAGGUUUGUUAAAGAAAGACCCAAAACAAAGGCUAGGUGGCGGUCCCGAUGAUGCAAAAGAAAUCAUGCAACACAAAUUCUUUUCUGGAAUUGUAUGGCAAGAUGUAUAUGAGAAAAAGCUUGUUCCGCCUUUUAAGCCUCAAGUUACAUCAGAGACAGAUACGAGAUAUUUUGAUGAGGAAUUCACAGCGCAGAUGAUCACUAUAACACCGCCUGACCAAGAUGAAAAUCUGGAAUUUGUUGACAAUGAAAGAAGGCCGCACUUUCCCCAGUUUUCUUACUCUGCGAGCGGAAAUUCUUAGACGUCUCAACUUUUUUCUUUUUUUUUUUCCUUUUUCAUUGCAACACACAGACUUCAUAUUUUGGGCACUGAAUACAUCAGACUUUGUACAGGACUUUCUAUAGCCUAUGAAUUACAAACUGUAUGACUGAAAAGGAGUUAACGAAUGUCUGAGGGGAAGAAAAGAAGUCUGUAUGUAAAACCAGUUCUCUCAUUUCACAUUUGCAAAGAAAAAACAAAAACAAAAAAACAAUCCAUCCAUUAAAUUGUUUUUAUGUAUGUAUUUUUUAUAUAUAUAUAUAUAUAUAUACAUAUACAUACAUCCGUAUACAUUAUGUUGGACAAUGACACAGCCGAUGUUUUGAGAAUGUGCUCACACGCUGUCAACGGAACAAAGGAAGAAUAAGCAUUCCAUGAAUAAGGAAUCAAAAAUAAAACAAAAUAAAGUUACUCUUCUCGCUUCCCUGGUCA